AUGGGAGGGGAGGCCGAGUCGCGAGAUGGUUCAGCGGGGCACAGCCAAUCCAGUGAGCCCGACCUGGCGGCGGGAGCUGCGGUGGAGCUGCGUCCCACCGAAGAAGAGGUUCCAGCUACUUGGAUGCUAACACCUGCGCAGCCCGUGUUUCGGGACGGCAAUUACGGUGGCUCUUUCUGUGAGCUUCUGGUGGCAGAAACCAUCCAAGAGUAUUUGAAGUUUCAUGGUCUGCAGGAGACGCACAGAGCCCUGGCAGACGCCCUCAGUAAGAGCGGACUGCCUGCAGCCUUUGGUGCUUCAGCGGUGGAGCUGCCUUCAGAGCCCAAAGGACACGCUGUGCAGGUGGAGCUUGCAGUGCUUCAAGCCUUGAGGGCCUUUGACGAGGGCCAACAGGAAGCCUUCUUUCAGCGUUGGAGGGCCUUGGUGCCUCCGAGCCCCACCGGGUCGUCGCUGGAGUUGCAGCUCUAUGUGUACUUUGGCACAUACCCAACCCGCAAGGUCCUUGCUGAGAAGGAUCCAAGCCUGCCUUUGCCCACGGCCGAUUGGACGGAGCUCAAGAGCUUCCUCGCCUCGCGGCCCACGUGGCCUACGGAGGCCAACAGCAGCCUUUCGUCGCUCUACGCGUUGCCCUUUGUGCCGCAAGCGCAUCAGAAUUCCUUGCUUCGGUUCAUCUUCGAGGAGUCCUGGUCCGAGAAGCUGCGCUCAGAUGUUCAGGCGUUCAUGACGGCGUACACGAGCACGCGGCAUGCACCUUCGCUGAGACAUCUGGCUGGUGCCAUCAUUGUCUCCAAGACUCCUCCAAGCUGCCCCCCUGCCCACAGCUGGCAUGAGCUGCUGCGGAUUGCAGACCUGGGCUGGGCGUCGGCGGCUACUGCGCUGAAGCAGCAAGCGUUUGAGAACAUGCCGAGCGACCAGCCAGAGGCCAAGCCGGAGCUCUUGAACUGGCUAAGUACUGGUGGUGGAAAGAUCCUUCCCGACCUUCGGAAGCAGGUGUUUGAGCUGCGAGGACGUUUGGGAGCUCUGGCCAGGCACCCAGAUGAGCCACCUGUCGCUCCUUCACGCGUGCAGGAGACGCAGCGAUCGCUGCGUCCCUCCAUCCAAAGCUUGGCACGUGCUCCCUCCUCUGCCGAGUGGGAGCCACAGGGUGGUUCAAGUCCCAGUGGCGUGCCAGUGCUCCAGGAUCGCCUCUGGCCAAGGGAGGUGCUGCGUGGGAGUUCGGCCUCCAGUCUGGGCGGAUCCCACUCGAAUGCCGGGGCAGUGCGCCGCCUCCACUCGGCGCGGAGCAUCGAGUCGCGUGCGCGCACCGCCACCGCACUGCUACCGGUGCCGCCGGCCUUGGACUUUGGGCGGAUGGCCUCGCAGAUGGGCGGCGCGGAGGAGAAGGAAACGGACAUGCCGCCGAUCCUCUCGGUGUUGCGAGCAGUUCUCAGGCGCUUAGCUUUGCCCGACGAAGCCAUCCGCCCACGAAGAGCCUUCCUGGCGGCCUUCGCGUGUUUUGGAGCCCUCCGUGCCUUGGCUGCGCGGCUCCCGGAGAUGAUUGGGGGUGACCCACAGCUGCGGGAGAUGUCGCUGGCCGUGAUGGGCGUUUGCUCCUGUGAGGUGCUGCUUUCAGAAUCGCGGUACGCGACUCGUGCCUUCUCAGGGCUUUGGCUCACAGGCGAUGGUGGAUCGUCUGCGCGACUCGCCGAGGUUUUGGACUUUCAGCGCUUUCAGGGGAAGCGUGAUCCUUCGGGCGGGGUGCGUGGAGGUCUCCACCAGCUUGAAUGCAUCUUCAUGGGGAACCAAAGCUUCCCCCACCUUUUGGCACGUCGACCCCACGUCAACCCCACCGCUGGCGAGUUGGUCCCCGCCGUCUGCGCCGUGCUUUUCGUCCCCGGCCUCCGAGCACCGGAGCAACCCGACGAAGCGGCGGAGCCCUACGGGCGAAGGGCGAUCCGCACGGCGGACCCGGGCGGAUCCCGGGGCGCCCGAGGCGGAGGGAGCGACAUGGUGAGCUUGGACGACUUGCACUUCGACAUCUCCGUGGCGGCGCUCUUCUAUUUGGUGAACAAUUCCGAUCCGGAGAUCAGGACUCGAGAAGUCGAGGGGUGA